ACUCGCAAUAUCAUCACAACUGCUACUUGCCUCUUAAUACAUCCAAUCUUAAUCAUCUCAACUACCCACAUUCGCUAUCAACGCACCCUCACAACAACCACCCACCCAACCAUUACCAUGCAGUUCACCACCCUUGCCCUCAGCGCCCUCUCGGCCGCCACCGGCGUCUUCGGCGCCCCCACCUCCCAGGAGGCCGGCACCACCAGCCCGGACCAGGUCAUCUUUGGCGUCAUGUCGAUCCGGUCCGCCAGCCCCGUGCACCUGACCGCCUGGGGCGCCGAGCACAAGGGCAUCUUCACCAACCUGUCCAACCAGGACGCCGAUUGCUACAACAGCCCGGCCCAGAACAGCGCCACCUUUGUGCUCAACAAGGCCGACGGCACGCUGUCCCUCUACACGGAGGGCAAGCCGUGGCAGCAGCUCUUCGUCGACCGCUCCGGCAUGGGCCAGGGCAUGAUGCAGUACACGACGGGCGCCGAGCCGGCCCCGCGCAACGCCGAGCGCGGCGGCUGGGCCAUCGACGAGGCCUCGCAGCACCUCACCUUCGCCGGCAGCGACGCCUUCCUCGCCUGCCCCAGCGGCGCCGACUCCUCGUACCGCAUCCUGCCCUACGUCGGCAUCGAGAACCCGGCCGGCUACACCGACUGCCUCAGCAUCGCCGCCCGCGUCGUCGUUGCCGAGAACCCCGUCAAGUGCCUGUACUCGCAGAACUAGACGCGGACGCCUCCAGACGACAGGCCACCUACGACUACGACAUGCUAUAAUGGGAGAGUGGGAUUAGCGCAAUUAUGAUUGUAACGAGGCGACUUGGCCUUGGAUAUAUAGGGUAGAGACUAGUAUUUUUACCCACAAAUAGAUGGACAAUGGCAAUCCAAACAAAUCUCUAGACUUGUAAUUCUCCUUGUGUCUGUC